AUGGACAUCCUGAUAGACGGCACACCGUGGUAUAUAAAUGACAAUAUACGAAAAGAUAACGUCAUUCCAAUUGGAGGGAAAUUUGUCAUAGGACAGCAAUAUAUAGCUUCUGGCUUCGAACCUAAAUCAGGAUUUCUUGGUCAACUAAGUGGUAUGAAUUUUUGGAAUACAUCGUUCCCAGGAGAAAUGUUAGAGUCGAUGGCUCAGUUAGCAGUGCAUUUAGAAGGAAAUAUAUUGAGAUGGUCCAAUGUCCUUGGUAAUAUUUUUGGCGAUGUACAAGUGGUUAAGCCAUCAAAUGCUGUUAACACAA